AUGUUGCAUAGCAGUUUACAUUGCACCCCACAGCGCAAGGACCGCACCACAACCGCUCAAAGAUUGGCAAUCAGACUCCCAACCACUUCAAUAUGGAGGGAGAACCUGCAAAGGGCAAGAGCCUGUUUGACAUUGAGGGAGACUCCGGGACGGAGGAAAGAGGAGGAAGGGCAGGAAGAUGUUGAAGAGGGGAACAAUGACAUGGGGCAAGGAGAAGAGGCCAGCUUGAAGGAAGCCGUACCUUCCACGCCAAAGCGAAAACCAUCUCAGCAGGCUACCACAGCAACGGCAUCCAGAGGAGUGGUAGCACCAACGUCAGCAACAAAACAUAGCACCAAGCUGAGGCUUGAGAAAGUACGGAAGGAUGUACACAUUUGGGCGGAGAAGAUCAAACCUGACCACACAAAAAAGCAACAUGGGCCAAAGCAGAAGGAAUUCCUGCGGUGGUACGCAACAGAUUUCACGGAUGAAGCGCCACGCUUGCCAGGGAUUGUGUCUUCCAGCAAACUUCUCGUCUUCAUGCAGGAGCAGCUGAUUCAAAGCGGCUGGAGAAGCUGGGCUGUGCGGUUUGCCUUUGGUGCGGGCGACUUUGCCCAGCGGGGCGGCUGGAGAAGGCCUCAUGGAGCCGUCCCUGUGCAAGCACUUCAGCGUGAACUUGCAGUACUUGGUGCAACAGUUCUGAUGUGGCCAGAAGGAGGCUCAACGGAUAACUGUUUCAUUGGCAUCGAAGGUUACGAGGAGCUCCCGUUCAAAAUGCCCGAUGGGAACAUGCACACGACGUCAGCACCCGAAACCCGUUACUACAACUGUGAAAAGCACCCCAAGGAAUGGUUUCGGCGGCACAGGGACAGUGGUCGGCACACCUUACGCAAAUAUUGCUAUCUCGGGGAUGUUCAAGGAGUGAAACAACACAUCCUCCCUUCAUUGUGCCCAGGGAGGGAACGAAUGAGAGGGCCAAACUGGCAUGCCCCCAAUCUACGCCGCACGCCCCCAUCAACGCCCAAUCGUUGACCAAGAUAUUCAAGCUGGAGCCACUUUCCGCUUCCUUCAGCAUCAAUAUUCCCGACAUCAAGGUCAUCAACCCCCGU